CGUUGGCCUCAAGAGAUGGCUCCAACCGCCGCGUCGCGCGCCUUCAAAAGAAGGCGGAGGGAGGAGGAGGAGAAGGGGAAAAAAAGACUUUCGAAUCUGGGCGCGCGGAGGAGGAGAGGGAGGGGGGAAGAGGGAGGGGAGGAGUCACGCGCCGCUUGCCUCUCCGCCCCGGCACGCGCCGCUCUGUUUCACACCUCCCUCCCUUUCCUCCCUCUCCCUCCCUUUCCUCCUCCUCCCCCUCCCCUUCGGCACUUUCUUCGGCUUCUCCUCCUCCUCCUCCUCCUCCCGGCUCUUGCCUCUCUCCGGGCGCCUCCUCCUCCUCCUCCUACGUGCGUGUUCCACUUGGUACGGCCCACCUGGAAGAUCAUGGCGAUUGAUGGUGGAGAAAGAACCUGUGGAGUACAUGAACUAAUUUGCAUUAGAAAAGAAAACUAUGUCAGAAACCAGAAGUGGCUUGCUCGGAGAAAACAAAAUUUCAUUCAAGGGGCUGAGGAGUAUCUCCUGAAGCAGUCGGAUUUCUUUCAGCAGUUGGAGUAUUUAUUAUCCUGUUGUUGAUUCUUUUCCUGUAUAUUAACAAGAAGAUGUGUUUUGAAAACAUUGGAGGAUUCCCUGACCUCAAUUCACGAUACAGCACCAGAAAAAAUUCACAGGAAAAGCUUUAUUGAUGCCCAUGCCUAUAAAAUUUUGGGAUGAACAGAAGAAUUAAGAAUAUGAUUAGGCAUCCUUUAUAGUUUCUUAAUAGCAGAGAGAAUACUGGGUGAUGUCAGUAAGCACAUAGUUUUGUAGCAACACAGUUUAUUUCCAGUAUAUUAUUUAAAUACAUUUACACUUUUUCUUUGCAGGUUUAGAGUAAAAUGCAUGUUUUUGUUAAAUAUUUUCAAGGUCAUCUUGUGUUAAAAUUAGUUGAUGUUAGAAAGAACAUAGAAAAUAAAUGACUUUGGCUUUCUGUAGAAAAUAUCCCCCCUUUAAUACUUUUUAAGAUUAAAAAAGAUCAAAGAACAAACAUGUAGUGUUCUCUGGUUAAAUGAUAGAACUGUAACACUAAACAAUUAAAAUUGCAUUUUAUUGCUGACAUAGUAGUGAGCUUUUCUUUUCAAUUACUGUUUUGUUAAUAAACCAUUAAAAUAUGGCAUUUUUCAAAACUUUUCAACAAAACGUUCAACACAAUCUGAACCUUCCUUCUAUGUCUUCCCUAGUGGAGUCACUGAGUAAUGCUGUUGAUGAUUUAACUAGUGCUGUAGGGGAUGUCAGCUAUACUGUAGCUGACUCAGUCACAGAACAGGUAACAAGCAUGAUCAACAGCCUUCGCCCAGAUGAUACAACACAGAGUGAUACAUUUGCAGUAGAUAAGGAAGAAAAUAGCACAUCAUUGAAUUAUGAUGCUGAAAAGCAUAUGAGAGAAAAGCAUUGCAGUGCUGAAGAAAAACACACACAGAUUGAAUCUUUACAACAAAAUAGAAAUGCUGGCAGAGAAACUCAUAACGGACAUAAAACCCAAUGCCAUGUUGUUCAACAUGAUAGACUUCUUAAUGAUGCAGAUGUUUCCAAGGCAACAAAUAAUUCAGUAAAAUGCAAUAAACAUACAGGAAACGACUCUAUGGAAAAAGUUUCCUUUUCAAAAGAUAUUAGUCAAAAUUGCAAUAGAUAUAGGCAGGAGAAAUCCCUUCAUAAUGGGCCAAGUAAAGAGUCACAUGAAGUAUUAAAACAAUCUGAGGAUCAGUUCCAUAAACAAGUAAAAGAAAGUUCACCGGGAGCAAAUUUCAUGAAUGCCGAAGAAGGUCAUAGUAUUGUAUCCAGGAAUGUGGAUGUGAAGGAAGAGCACAAAUCAAAAUUAUCAAAGUUCAGGCUUAAAAAAAUACACGAUGUCCAUGAAGUAAAAAGAAAGAAAUGCAAAACACUUCGUGUUGGCCACAGACAGUCUGUAACAAAGCAGGAAGAAAAUGUGCCACCAGCUCUUUCAAAAGAAAGAGCGAAGGAAAAGACUAAGGAAUCAGAAUGCUUUUCAAAAGAAGUGAGUAGUAAGAAGACACCAGAUGAAGAUAAUUCAUACUUAAAUAAAGAUCAGCAUGGUUCAUCAUCAGAAAGUGAAGAUGAAGCCCUGGGUAAAUACCACGAAGCCUUGUCCAGAACACAAAAUUCCAGACCCCCAGCAGGUGAUAACAGACAACAGAAAAACUACAUCUGGGAAACCAGACAGAAAUAUAGCCCUCUCUCUGCAGAGUAUGAUGGGUACAGUAGUGAAGCCUCAAUUGAUGAAGCCAACUGCAUUCAGAGAAUGAGACAAACGCCUCCUCUUGAUGAGUUGCAGCCUCCACCGUACCAAGAUGACAGUGGCUCUCCCCACCUCUCAUGUACACCCUCUGAAGUUGGUGACAGCAAAUGUGAAUUCUCUCAAUGUAGUAACAGUCCAAGGUGUUCCUUUAAGUGCCCAAGUGAAGGUAGUACUGGACAUGAAAUUGAAAGCUUUCACAACAAAGGAUAUGAAGAAGAUGUACCUAGUGACAGUACGGCUGUCCUUAGUCCUGAGGAUAUGUCAGCUCGAGGAUCAUCAUCACAGCUCCCUAAAUCAUAUGAUCCAGAACCUGAAGCUAAAUAUGGCACCUUGGAUGUGACAUUUGACUACGAUUCGCAAGAACAGAAACUUCUGAUAACAGUGACAGCUGUCACAGACAUUCCAAAUUAUAGCAGGACAAGUGGAAGUUUAUGGCAAGUACACCUGGUUCUUCUUCCUAUCAAGAAACAGAGAGCAAAAACCAGCAUCCAGCGGGGUCCAUGCCCUGUCUUCACUGAGACAUUUAAAUUUAAUCAUAUUGAGUCUGAGAUGAUUGGGAAUUAUGCAGUGCGCUUUAGACUGUACAGCAUACGCCGUGUAAAAAAAGAGAGGAUUCUGGGAGAAAAGACAUUUUACUUAACCAAAUUAAAUCUUCAAGGAAAGAUGUCUGUACCAGUGACACUGGAGCCAGCAUACAAUAUUUCCGGCUGUGACUCCCAAAUGAGCAUGUCAGAAAUGUCCUGCAGUGAAAGUACCUCCUCUUGUCAGUCUCUGGCACACGGCUCAGCUCCAGAAAUCCUCGUUGGACUGCUUUAUAAUGCCACAACUGGAAGACUAGCAGCAGAAGUGAUAAAAGGCAGCCACUUCAAAAACUUGGCAGCAAACAGACCACCCAACGGACUGUUCUGUUGUCUAAAACACUUGAUAGGUGGACAGGUUUAUAUAAUACGAGAUACGUUUGUUAAGCUGACAUUGUUGAAUUCCAUGGGUCAAGAGAUGUCCAAAUGCAAGACUUCCAUCCGCAGAGGGCAACCAAAUCCAGUCUAUAAAGAGACCUUCAUUUUCCAAGUGGCACUGUUUCAGCUUUCUGACGUUACGCUCAUAUUGUCUGUGUAUAACAAGCGCAGCAUGAAGCGAAAGGAAAUGAUAGGCUGGAUUGCUUUGGGCCUUAACAGUUCUGGUGAAGAGGAACUCAACCACUGGACUGAGAUGAAGGAAUCCAAAGGACAACAAGUGUGUAGGUGGCAUGCGCUGUUAGAGACUUAAUGCCUCCUUGUGGCUCGACAGAAUGUCAGGAAUCAGGAUUCAACAAUGCUGCCCUUUAGGUGCAACUGACACAAGGUGUUGCCGAAAUUACAAAUUCAACAUUCCAGUUCAACAAAUGCACAAAAUACUGCAGAGCAGGAUUAACUUCCACAUCUUCACUAAACAUUACAGGUUUUCAGGUAAAACGUACCAGACACAUAAGGGACAGCAACCCCAAGUCCUUCUCAUGAUGCUUUUCGGUUUUGUUUCCCUCUCAUCAUGUUUAGGUUUUUCAUUUACCUUACAAGUAAUUUGUGUAAAUCCUCUAUUAUUCAGAAAUGCUUAGAUUGUGUUCUCAUUCUUUUAGUGGUGCUAUGCUGUGUUGUAGAUUGCCUGUCAACAAACAGUGUGAGGGAAAAAGGAGUAGUUAAAUGGUGGAACAAAACACAAUGGGAGAGAAAAUUUAUACUCUGGGCUCACGGUAGUAGAAGUAUUACUUUUUUCCCCUUAGCAACUUAACAUUUCUGACAGUUUAAUUUUGAAGAACACUAGUGUCGCUAUGCAAGAGCAGUCCUGCAUGCUGACUGCUUAUCAGACACACAAAACAGCUCCACUGUCGUGCCUGUUCGAGGCUGGAAAUGAUUUUUUUUCUACAGUGCACUAAAAUUGUUUUCAAAUGAGGAUAGCUGUUCAUGGUGUGUAUACACAUCUGACUCUCUCUCUCUCUCUUGAUAAACCAGGCAUUUAGUAUUUUUUCAAAAGUUUACUAAACCUGCUUGAUCAGGGAUAAGGGUGAGACAAAAUGCCUGUUUCAAACCAUUUUAAAUUUGGAGGGUGACUCCAUUGAAAAGUGACUCUCAUUUAGGGAGCCAUUUAUGCAUGGCUUCAUUGGAUCUUAAGGAAAUCUACUCCCGGUGCUGGCAUUCAUCAGAUUUUCCUUGAUUCCACCAUUAAAACGGCAUCCCUAUUAGGUUAUGAAAUUAUCACUUUUCACCUUUCCGGUUGUUUGAAGCCAAGAUUGAAAACAUAAGGAUCCAAAGAUCUGCUCAGCUAGUUCCCUAUUAGAGCUUGCAUUUUUGUCAGUAGCUUUUCCAUGUUUUGAAAGUGAAGGUGCUUUCAGAUGAACAGCUUCUAGUGGUACCAGACAAAAGGGAACUAGCAACUUUCACUCUUUAAGAGAUUAUCUAUGGAAAGAAAACAAAUUAGACAAAGUGUAAAAGGUAAGAAAUGGAAGGCAAUACUGCUAACCGCUAUACUAUUCUGUAAUAGAAGCUUCAUUUAGAAGCAUCCUAAGAGCUGUUUUAAAAGUAGUCUGAGAUAUGAAAUAAGAGCUGAGUUUUUCAAAGAGAAAAAUGCAAAUGUUUGACUGGAUGUACAUGAGUAGCUGGACACAAUCCAAGAGGCUUGUAAACCAUAACAAAUCAAACAUGCAGUAACUUUCUAGCAAGUGCCUCCCAUGGAAGCCAGUUGCAUUUUUGGUUACCUUAACAGAAAACAGACUACAGCUCAUAGCUUUACUAAAAAAUUCUUUAACUAAAUCUAUAGAUGAUUUGAAGUGUUCAUUAUAAAUGUUUAGAAAUUCAAAGAUAGUAAAGGUUAAGAAUUAAAACAUUUGGGAACAAGGACAGCCUAUAUAGUUCAGCCCCAGCAAUGCAAUGUACUAAGCAUUCAUGUUGCUUUUGUAAUUGUUGUUAUCACCACCACUGGCAUUAUCAUUUUCAAUUCAUCAUCAUUUUGCCUUGGAAGACAGCAACAUAAUGGAUUCUGAUAUUUGAAGUAUACAGGAUAAUACUGUCAGGGUGUAUCUACACUGUAGAAUUAAUGAAGUUUGACACCACUUUAACUGCCAUGGCUCAAUGGUAUGGAAUCAUAGGAGUUACAGUUUGGUGAGGCACCAGCAUUCUUUGGAGGAGUAAGCAAAAGGCAAUGUAAAACUACAAUUCCUAUAAUUCCACAGCAUUAAGCCAGGGCAGUUAAAGUGGGGUCAAACUGCUUUCAUUCUAUAGUGUAGAUGCAUCCUAAGAGUCUUUCAGCUCAAGGGCUUGUGCAAUAAAAAAUAGCUUCACCACUUUCUGUUUCAAAUACUGAUGGAGUUCUGGGAUACUGUCUAGGGACCCAUCUACACUGCCAUUUAAUGCAGUUGGAACCGGAUUAUAAUGGUCAGUGUAGACUUAUAUAAUGCUGACUGAACUUCACAGAACUGGAUUACGCUGCCAUAUAAUCCAAUUCAAUACAUUGAAUCAGCAUUCUGAAACAGCAUUAUAUGGCAGUAUAUACAUGGGGCCUAAGUUAAAGACAUAUGGUCAUUUCCUUUCCUUCAGGAUACAGUUGGCAUCGUGAUAAAAGAAUAUACAGUAGAGUUUCACUUAUCCAACAUAAACGGGCCAGCAGAACGUUGGAUGAGCGAAUAUGUUGGAUAAUAAGGAGGGAUAAAGGAAAAGUCUAUUAAACAUCAAUUCAGGUUAUGAUUUUACAAAUUAAGCACCAAAACAUCAUGUUAUACAACAAAUUUGACAGAAAAAGUAGUUCAAAACACAGUAAUGCUAUGUAGUAAUUACUGUAUUUACGAAUUUAGCACCAAAAUAUCACGACACACAUUGACUACAAAAAUGCGUUGGAUAAUCCAGAACGUUGGAUAAGCGAGUGUUGGAUAAGUGAGACUCUACUGUAUCAACAUAAAUAAAUCUUGUCUAUUAUUUCUAGUUGAGGAUGGAAUUUGUAUCUAUUGUAAUCAUAGCCAGAGUUCAAGUCAUAAUCUUCAGUUAUGAUUUCUGGAUAAAGGGAGACUGCCAAAAAUAAUUUUCUUGUUUAUUUAAAAUGAAGUGAUUGAAAGCACAUGUUUAUUACUUUAAAUCUUCACAAUACGAUUGAAUGCCACUAUAUUUGAUAUUAAAGACAUCCCAGUAUUGCAUGAAUUGAUACAAAUGCAUUGAAGGAUGUGUAAUGUUCCCAAUCUCAAAUUCUUAACAGCAUCCUUAAAAAUUCCAAGCUGUUUUCUUGAAAUUGUUAUUCAGUGCCUUUCAUGUUUCACUACUUAAAUUUGUAACUAUAAUGUAAUGCUGAAAUGAUUGAUUUUAAAGAUUUACAAAGUGAAUUUUCCUUCCUGUGUUGCAUGAAGCGUAAGGCAGAAGAACUGUAAUUUUGUUUAGUUUUUUAAACUAUUCAGGAAUCUUUGCAAACAGAAAUAUUGUUAAUAGCAGUACAAUAUAGUAUAUUCUCUUCAAUUGUUUCUUGUUCAUUUUACAAUACAUCCUUAUACUGAGUUUUCAUCAAUACUUUAUGGUUCAGAAAUCCUCACUUAACACAAUUUAGUUAAGAUGGAGAUUCUUGGGAUUUACUGAUAUAUCUACAACUGCAGUUCCAAGCAUCCUUGUCAUAAACUAAAGACUAAAUUUAAUGGUUUGAUCCCACUAGAAUAGGCCCAUUGUAUCAAUGGAAACUUGGUAAGCCAUCAUUUUUUGCAAGAUCCAUUGAGCCAACACUUCUACUGUACUUGGGACUAACAAUUGGAUUUAGAACAUCCUACUAUUAUUGAACUUAAUGAAGCUUAGUUCUGAACAAACUUGUUUAGAACUGGGCUGUAAACAGAAUUGCACUCUCAUAGUGCCUUGAAGACUGGGAUAUGGAUUUGUGCAGGGAGGUAACUGAUCAAUGAACUAUGGCUUCAUGAAAAUGUUCCCAAUGUUGAAAAUGUAUUACUGUGUUUGUUACUACGAUCCAGGAGACUCCUCAUUCAGAAAGUUGCCUCACCAGAGUUGUACCUCUGUAUAUGUUUCUUCUCUUUCAAGUACAGUAUCUCAUAGAUACAGCUAAUGACUAAUUCCGCUGGAAGGCGAGAUAGAAACAAGCUAUUUUUUAAAAAAUGUUUUUUGUGCAAUGAUCUGUCACAUUAAUACCUGCCCUAAUUUUCACAUUGGUUGCCUUGUUUGGAAAUGACCUUGUACACUUAAGUAGUUCUUUGCUGGUUUACUCCAAUAAAUCUUUGAUUUGGUUUGACAUAAA